CUUUUAUCUUUUAUCGGUUACACAAAACCUCAAUACAUGUUUUUUUAUGUGGCAUCCGUAUGUAUUUGACCCUGUCGACGUGACCUGGGAGGACAGACGCCUGUUCAAACUAAGCUAACGCUAACGUAUAUCAUCAACAUUUCAGAGUGAGCCUGCUAGCUUGUUGUCUAGCUAAAGUUUGGUGCUUGAUAGUGACUGAUAUAUUACGCUGAUAUAUUAUAUCAGCGUAAUAUAUCAGUCCCGACGACAUGCGACCUUAUUCCCAGUACGACUAGUGAGCUGUUCUAUCGUGAAUUGUUGAUAAAACGCCCUGUGAGGCAGUCGACCGUGUCGUUAUGCUUAGGCUGCCGGUUUGCGUGUUCAGUGUGAUUGUAUAAUUGUAGCCACCAGCGCUGUGUAUGUGUGUAUUGCUCACACAUGAAUUGAAGUGUUAUAACGUGCCACCUCACAGUUCUGUGCCACUCUCACUCGGUUCACUGCAGUGGGUGUUGUUCAGUCGUUUACUGCAGUAACUCGCAGCUCCAUCAUACAUACUCACAGGAAUGAGAGGAUACACCACCUUAUGCCUCUCUUCACAGAUUGUUGCUGCUGGCUAUGAAAAAACACUGAAACCACAAAAAUGAAUGCAAGGAGAAGAGGAGGGAAGCCAAACAGAGGAGGGGGUAAAUUUAACAAGCCAAGGGGAGGUAGCGGAGGCGGCGGAGGAGGUGGUGGAGGCGGUCGCAUGAAAGGAGGAACUAGUCGAUGGGAUGAUGAGGAUGACUUCAGCCUUGAUUUUGGACCCUCUCGUUCCAGCAGAUCUGGCAAAGGGCAAGGUCGUGGGGGCAGUCAUACUGGGGGCAGGGGUCGAGGUAGAGAGAGGGGAGGUAGGAGUCAGCAACCUCUUCCUUCUCAGAAAAGAGGUGGCAAGGUUUUACCAAGUUCUCUGGCGAGAAUCAGAUCAUCCCCAAAGUCGGUGGAUUGCAACAUCCGGGAGGCGAGCUCUAUGCCGAUGCAGAAGAUCUUCAUGACUAAUGAGAACCAAAAACAACUUGUGGAGCUACUGCGUGAUCUGCAGACUGAGGAUCUUUAUGAUGAAUCUGGUUCAGAUCAUGCAGACGGAGAGGAAGAGGAGGAGGAGGAAUAUGAUGAGUUGGAUCACCGAGAAGAUGGUCAGUUUUGGGUCACUAAUGAUGAGCCGGUGGAGAGAGCAGAAAGCCCGUCAUAUGAGCCCGAGUCUGAUGAUGAACGACCUUCCCCUGAACCUGUCAUCUCCUUAUUUGCAAUAGGCAAACUCUGCAGGUAUGGAUUUGACAGGGAGCGUGGUAAGCUGGCACUGGUAUCUAGUGGAGGAGAUUUUGGAACAACUUUGGAACAGCUCCUCCACCAGGUUUUUAGUGAGCGUUUCGGCCUGAAAGCAGUUUCCCCUGAUGGACUUGAGGGACUGCCUAUGGAUGAGUGUUUGAGUCAGAGGCAGGAGGAGGCUCUGGCUCUAGCUGCCAUUUUUGGUGAUCGCUUCAAUGAGCGUAUUGCUAAUACAGUGUGGACAGUAACCCUGGACCCCUCAUUCAUGGCGGCCAGCAGUGGUACAUAUGAAGUUGAUAGUAGAGGUGGUGGAGGGUCUGUUGACAUCCGUGAUGUCUGCAAAUUCUUCUUGAAAGGACAAGGCUGCCGCUUCGGGAACAGGUGUAAAUUUAAGCACCAGCUUCCCACCAAAGGCAGGUCUGGUUCCCCAGACCUGAAGGGCCCGAGCAACCCCGGAUUUAGUAGUUACUCUCCUCCCGAGUAUGAAUUAGAGGUGCGUUUCCCCAAAGGAAAUCGAUACCCAUUUCAGGCACCAAUAGUUGCCUUCAGCACCAACGAUGAAUCUUUUGGAGCUGCAGGGCGGCUCAGUGUGACUGAGAGAUUAUUCGAAGAGGCAUUCACUGCAGCAAAGUGCAGCGAACCUGUUGUCUAUACUCUGGUCACCUUGUGCGAGGAUGAAAAUGUCAUGAAAGAACUGCUGGCUGUCGGUCACCACAAAUACAGCACGCCACCACCUGUUGUGGUGGUACCUCCACCCCCUGCUUUCAUAGCCAAGAGUAAGAAUGUGAAGAGUAAAGUAUCGGAGGAAAGAAGGAGUAGUAGUACUACAAGUAGUAAUCAGACUAACAGCAGAAGGACUGCUUCAUCUAACAACCAAAGACGCACUGAUUUGAAAGAGCCGAGCGAGGCAGAGGAGCUGGAUGAGAGGGAGGGAGAUCGAGAACAUGAAGCUGUUCUUGUUCAUAAUGAGAGUUAUGUCAGUCAGAGGAAGAUGGUAAAUAGGUACAAUGUAAAGACAGAAAACUCACUGCAAGAAAACCGCAAGCUGUGUCGAGACUUCCAAAAGAAAAGGUCAUCAAAGCUUUUCCUGUCCAUGCUGGAGCAGAGGAAAAGUCUGCCGGCUUGGCAAGAGAAAGACCACAUCCUUGACCAGUUGGAGCAAUGUCAGAUGCUGGUGAUCAGCGGGAUGACAGGGUGUGGUAAGACAACUCAGAUCCCUCAGUUCAUUCUGGAUGCCUCAUUACGUGGCCCAGCAGAGCAAGUCGCAAACAUAAUCUGUACCCAGCCACGCCGCAUAUCUGCCAUUUCCGUGGCUCAGAGAGUGGCAAAGGAGCGUGCAGAGAGUCUUGGCAACUCUGUAGGAUACCAGAUCCGUCUGGAGAGUGUCAGGUCAUCUGCCACCAGACUUCUGUACUGCACUGUAGGUGUGUUACUGAGGAGACUGGAGAGUGAGACAGACCUCAAAGGCGUCACGCACAUCAUUGUGGAUGAGGUGCACGAGCGCACAGAGGAAAGUGAUUUCCUGCUGUUGGUGCUCAAAGACCUGACUGAGCAGAGACCAGACCUGAAGAUUAUUCUCAUGAGUGCGACACUGAAUGCCAACCUCUUUUCUGAAUAUUUUUACAACUGUCCUUCUGUCCAUAUACCAGGGCGGACGUUUCCUGUCGACCAGUUUUUUCUUGAAGAUGCUAUUGGUAAAACUGGCUACGUCAUUGACGAUGGCAGUCCGUACUUGCGCUCAGGGAAACAGAAUUCUUCCUCCACGGGUGGACGAACAAGCAAGGUACAGCCGAGGGACAUGGAGGAUGAUUUGUCUAAUGACGGGUGGAACUUCUCGUCUUUCUGCAAGAAGGACUUUAUCAAAGACUCAAUCCCAGACCAACAGCUCAGCCUGCAGGAUCUCACAAUCAGAUACAAAGAUACAAAGAAGUCCGUGCUAAAGACCCUUGCUGCAAUGGACCUGGACAAGAUCAACAUGGACCUGGUGGAGAACCUGCUGGAGUGGAUUGUAGAUGGAAAACAUAACUACCCUCCAGGGGCGGUGCUGGUGUUCCUGCCCGGCCUGGCUGAGAUCAAGAUGCUCUAUGAACAGCUCCAAUCUAACAGAAUGUUCAACAACAGGGGCGCAAGCAGGUGUGUGGUGUACCCACUUCACUCAUCUCUGUCCAAUGAGGAGCAGGAGGCAGUUUUCAGUCGUCCCCCGGAGGGCGUCACAAAAAUCAUCAUUUCCACCAACAUUGCAGAAACAUCUGUCACCAUCGAUGACGUGGUAUAUGUCAUCGACUCUGGCAAAAUGAAGGAGAAAGGGUAUGACGCAUCUAAAAGCAUGGAGAGCCUGGAGGAAUCGUGGGUGUCUCGGGCCAAUGCGGUGCAGAGGAAAGGACGAGCGGGGCGCGUGGCCUCGGGGGUCUGCUUCCACCUCUUCACCAGCCACUGCUUCCAACACCAGUUGGCUCAACAGCAGCUGCCUGAGAUCCAGAGAGUGCCUCUGGAGCAGCUCUGCCUGCGAAUCAAAAUCCUGGAGGUGUUCACUGAGCAAAAUUUGGAGUCGGUUGUCUCUCGGCUCAUCGAACCCCCAGCUAUGGGAAGCUUGGAUGCAGCCAAACAGCGCCUGCAGGAACUGGGAGCUCUAACUGCCGAAGAGAGCCUGACCACGCUGGGCUACCACCUGGCCGCCCUGCCUGUCGACGUGCGCAUUGGGAAGCUCAUGCUGUUCGGAGCCAUCUUCCGCUGCCUCGACCCAUCGCUCACCAUCGCUGCCAGUCUGGCCCUCAAAUCACCAUUUGUGUCUCCCUGGGAUAAGCGAGAGGAAGCCAAUGACAAGAAACUUGCCUUUGCAGGGAACAAUAGUGAUCAUGUUGCUUUGUUAAAUGCAUAUAAGGGAUGGUGCCGUGCGGCAAAGAAUGGUUACAAGGCCAGUUCUGUUUACUGCAGAGAAAACUUCCUGUCCUGGCGAGCAUUACAGGAGAUUGCCAGUCUGAAGAGGCAGUUUGCUGAGCUGCUGUCUGACAUUGGCUUCAUCAAGGAAGGACUAAGGGCCAGGGUGAUAGAGCGCAUGUCGUCUAAUGGCACCGACGGUGUUCUAGAGGCUACUGGCCCUGAGGGGAACUUGAACUCAGAAAACCUUCGUCUGAUGUCCGCCAUGCUGUGUGCUGCCCUCUAUCCCAAUGUGGUCCAGGUACUAGAGCCACAAGGGCAUUACCAGAUGACCAGCACAGGGGCAAUGAAGAUGCAACCUAAGGCCAACGAGCUUCGCUUCAUGACCAAGAACGAUGGCGGUGUUUACAUACACCCCUCAUCUGUUAACUAUAAGGUUCGUCACUAUGGAAGCUCCUACCUGGUUUACCACGAGAAGGUGAAAACAAGCCGUGUCUUCAUCAGGGACUGCAGCAUGGUGUCCGUUUACCCGCUUGUGCUAUUUGGAGGUGGUCAGGUCAACGUGCAGAUGCACAAGGGAGAGUUCAUCAUCAGCUUGGAUGAUGGAUGGAUCCGAUUUGCUGCUGCUUCUCAUCAGGUGGCCGAGUUGGUGAAGGAGCUGCGCUGGGAGCUGGACCAGCUGCUUGAGGACAAGAUCAGGAACCCGAGUAUGGACCUGUGCAACUGUCCCCGUGGCUCCCGCAUUAUCCGCAUGAUCGUCCACCUCAUCUCUACAGAGUAACGCUGUCCUUAAUAAACCUCUUUGUCCCUAUUUUCAAUCUCAAGGGCUUUAAUGCAUAGAUGUCCUCCUUUCCUACAGCUCUACACAUUAAAAAAAACAUGUUCAACUAGAAUGAGGUUAACAAUUUAAUUUGUACUUUGUGAAGAAUGAGCCACACCACCCUGCUUUCACCUGGCACUUUACUCAAAGUAUCAGUUUACACCAAGCUUUUAUCGUGCUGCUGCUCAGGAGGCUUAUCAAGCAAAGUCUGCCUUGAAAGAAACAAAUCUAUGCAGGUGAUCAACAAACCUCCAUCUUUUGAUACCCAGAGAAAUGGAAAAGCUCUUGUUUUUGAUAUACUGUAUGUGCAGUAAAUUGACACACACUCAAAUACAAUUUGUGAACUGUGCACUUCUAUUGUCGGUUGUGUCUUGCUCGCAACUGAAAAUGUUCUUGUGUCCAUAUUGGACUUGCUCUUAUGUUUGUGGAUAUUUAUUGAUUAUGCAUGAACAAUACACACGAGAGCUUUUGCAUGAGACUCAGUCGUUUUACAAUUACUGAAUGUAUUUAAAUGUUUACGGCAAUGACAAAACUACACUUUUACAAUAAGAAUGCAAGGGCUUUUUAAAUCAUCAUGUUGACAAGUGAUGACUUCUACUGCAAACUGCAUUCAAAACAAAAAAUAAAGUAAUGACUUCAAAAGA